AUGGAGAAUAUUUCAAAUAAAAAUAUAAUGAUCCCCUCGACAUACUUCGAAAUCUUUGAAUUUAUAAAUGAAAAUAAGCAAUGCAUUCUUGAUGAUUGGACUAUUCUUUUUGAAAUACUCAAAAAGCUCGAUGAACUGCUUAAGUCAGCAUCUUGCAUGAGUGACUUACACAAGGAUACGAGCAUUAUAUUAGAGACGAUAAAAUUACAGCAAGACAUACUUUUAAAGGAGGUUAGGAAUGAACUGACACUUGAAAGACUGAUUCAAAUGGCUGAGAGUGAAUUUUUGGAUGAUUUUUUCAUUUUUGUAAAAUCCAAUUCCCAAGCAAUGGUUUUCAUUGAUAGAUUAAUUUUUAACUAUACUGCUCAGCCAUCUAUCGUAAGAAGAGAGAGAACAAUAUAUGACCAAGCUAAAGGUUUUACACUAAUGCCUAAAACAUUAGAUCAAAUUGAUGAUGUUGCAGAGACAAAUGCUAUAUUACAAGAUAUCAGAAAUGAAGUUUUAAAAAAGGAUAAAGUUGAAUUUUUCAAUCUAAUAAUUGAUCUAAAUUCAUAUUCCAAAACCGUUAUAAAUGCCUUUAAUCUUGCUCUUGCAAUUAGAAUGAAACUAAUUUCUUUGAAAAUGGUGGAUGAUGUUCUUUUUGCAAUGCCGUACAAUUCAACCAGUGAAGAGGAAUUAGGCCAUAGCAUAUUAGAAAUAACACCUGCACAGUAUGAGAAAGUAAAGAGUAGACUAUUGUUAUAA